CCGACCAGUUUGAACUUGAUUCUUCUGGCAGAGCAGUUAUUCUUCAAUAUAGCAGUCAUGAUGAAACCGACCGAAAUUUAGAUGCUACCAAAACUGAUAAACAGGAAUUAGAUAAGAUAAAUGAGAUAAUUAAGAAAAUAAAAACUGCCUCCCGAAGCAGCGAUUUACCAACCGAAGCCCAAAUUGAUAAUGAUUAUGAUGAUAGCGAAAAGGGAACUAAUAUUACCGAUUAUGCUAAGCAACUAAAAACCUCAAUCGCCCAAGCCAAAGUUCAACCGGAUAUCAGUGAAAUAACUAAUAAACUUAAUGAAAGCCCGGCCGUUAGUUUGAACCUAGAUUAUAGUGCUGAAAUGAUAAAAUUAGCGGAGAAGGACAAUGAACGAGCCAGCAAAAAAGCAGAAAUAAUAACUGAAAUUGAAGGUUUGCGGCAAGCCAAAACCGAACAAAUUAGGCAAAUCAAAUCCCUUAUCACUUCCGCCCAAGCAGUUUUGGAAAAAUCCACCGCUACCAAGGAGCAAACCCAACAAGCCCUUACUGAUUUAAAAACCUUAACUAGGGCAGCCGGCGAUAGUGUGGAAGCCCAAGCUAAAUUAGUAAAGUUUGAUUUACCCCUUCCUCCCCCUUUUCCUAUCAAUGAGAAUUGGCGUUCGUUAGUGGAGGAAGUUCAACAAACCCUCCGAACCGAAAAGCAAGCCCACAAAACUGAAAUUGAAAAUGAUUUGUGUGCCGCUCAAUCUCCUCAGGCUUCCGUCGCCCAACAAGUCAAAGCCCUUAAAAAUUUAGGCAAAAUUGAUGGUGAAGAAGAUUUGGCAGAGGAAAAAUCUCAACUGGAAAGGGUGGCCGAAAAAUUAUUCACCCAAGACCCUUUGGAAUGUCUAAAAGGAUUUAUAGGAGCCAUUAAAGAAAGUUUAAAGAAAAACCAACUGACCGAGGAGGAAUUGCCUAGCGAA